AAUACCCAUUGUUAGAUUCUACAUCGGUGGUUUUUACUAAAUCUGUCAGAGGUGUUCGUGUGCUUUACACCGGGUCCAGAGUUUAAAAGUCCUGUUAAACAUUUAUGCAGUCACUGAUCAUGAAAGGCUCAAAGGAAGCUGUGCAGACUGCUGCCAAGGAGUUCCUCCAGUUCGCGAACAAAGGAGUGUCUCCAUACCACGUGGUUGAGGAGUGUAAGUCUCGUCUGCUGGGGGCUGGCUUUACUGAGCUGAGGGAGACUGAGCAGUGGAACAUCAAUCCUGCCAGUAAGUACUUUGUGACCCGUAACUACUCCUCCAUCAUCGCAUUUGCUGUGGGCGGACAUUUCCAGCCAGGCAAUGGCUUCACUAUGAUUGGAGCACACACAGAGCCCUGCCUGAGGAUUAAGCCACGGUCCAAGAAGACCAAACAGGGCUGUCUGCAGGUCGGGGUGGAGUGCUGGGGAGGAAUCUGGAACACCUGGUUCGACCGUGAUCUGACCAUCGCCGGUCGUGUUAUGGUCAAGACUGGAGAUAAGCUGGUCCAUCGUCUGGUGCACGUGCCCCGGCCGAUCAUGAGGAUCCCCCACCUGGCCAUCCACCUCCAGAGAGACAUCAACGACUCCUUCGGCCCCAACAAGGAGAACCACCUAGUGCCCAUCCUAGCCACUGCUGUGCAGGAGGAGUUGGAGACUGGCUGCUGUUCCACUGGGGAUGCCUGCAAUGCCACCACUGUUGCAGAGAAACACCACCCGGCCCUGGUCAAGGUGCUGUGUUCAGAGCUGGGCGUUCAGCCUGAGGCCCUGCUGGACUUUGAGCUGUGUCUGGCUGACACUCAGCCAGGGGCAAUUGGAGGUGUGUUUGAAGAGUUCAUCUACUCCCCCCGUCUGGACAACCUCCACAGCUGCUACUGUGCCCUGCAGGCUCUGAUGGACUCCUGCAGCCCUGGAGACUCUUUGGCCAAAGACCCCAACAUCAGGAUGGUGACUCUGUUUGACAAUGAAGAGGUGGGGUCAGAGAGCGCCCAGGGGGCGGCGUCCAACCUGACAGAGCUGAUCCUGAGUCGUCUGUCCUCCUCCCCCACCAACCUCACAGCCUUCCAGCAGGCGGUGCCACGCUCCUUCAUGAUCAGCGCCGACAUGGCCCACGCCCUGCACCCAAACUACCAAGAGAAGCAUGAUGAAAACCACAGACCAGCCUUCCACAAGGGUCCUGUAAUUAAAUUCAACAGUAACCAGCGCUACGCCACGACAGCUGUGACAGCCUCCAUCUUGAGAGAAAUCGGCAGUCGUGUUGGCGUGCCUCUUCAGGAUGUGAUGGUGCGUAACGACAGCCCCUGUGGGACCACCAUCGGCCCCAUCCUGUCUUCCCGCCUGGGGAUCCCCGUGCUGGACAUCGGUGCCCCCCAGCUGGCCAUGCACUCCAUCAGGGAGAUGUGCUGCACCACAGGAGUGCUCCAGUCUACCACCCUAUUCAAGGGCUUCUUUGAGCUCUUCCCCACUGUGAGAGACAUGGUGACUGUGGACUAGCCUGGGCACAAGGACACAACGUGGACAGACGGACAGACAGAAGGAGAGACAGAUGUCCUCCUCUGGUUCUCUCUAUACCCUGUAUUCUUUGUAUACUCACAUGGCACACAGUGCUACAGCAGAACCUAUUGCACACAUUCAGAGGCAAGGAAAGUUCCUUCAAAUGAUGUUUCUGAUGAACUGAAAUGGUUUAUAAAAUAAUAAAUCUUUAAUCUACA